CCGGCGUCAAAACCAGCGCUUUCUUCAUCCGCAUCGUAUCCUCCUGCGCGUCCGAUAAACACGCACUCUUUCACACCUGCGCUGAGCCGGUGAUGAAGUCGUCUGCCGGUGGCACUCGGCUCUUUGACAUCUGAGUAUACAGAUCUCGUGCAACGAGCAUGCACCGACCGAUGGAUAACCCGCACCAACACUCACCAGCGUCGGUUUUAUGAUUUCAACACCCAUCUACAGUGUGUUGUUGACAAGUGUCCCGUGUGCUUGACCCGUAUGGUGCUGUGUGUCCGACACUUACUCCGAUGCAGCGCAUGAGAGACCUGGCAGCUGGGCGGACAGAAGUUCGCUAGCCGAUGCCGGGGGACCGCAAAAGGUCUUCCCGGCGACAGCCGGCCAAGAAGCGGCAACAGUCCGAAGGCAAAUGCAAGUCAUGCUGCAAGCGUGUGGCGUCGUUCUUGCUUUCCCACCUGGGGCUAUGCGCCCUGGUGGUGGGCUAUGGUCUACUCGGAGCGCUGGCGUUCAGGGCCCUGGAAGGUCCGUACGAAGUGCAAAAGGCGAGCGAAGUGAAGAACAUGAGGGAAGAGACGGUGUCCAGAUUGUGGGAGGCCACCCUGCAGUUGAACGUGCUUUACAAGGAGAAUUGGACCGCGGUAGUGGAUCGCGAGAUUCGGGAGUUUCAAGGGCGUAUUGUGGCGGCGGUCAAGGAUGGAUACGAUGGCACCGAAACAGGAGACAGCAGGCAGUGGUCCUUGUCUGGAGCUUUCCUCUACUCGCUCACCGUCAUCACUACAAUAGGCUACGGCAACAUUGCGCCCAAGACGAACUGGGGCAAGGUCGUCACAAUCCUGUACGCCAUCGUCGGGAUUCCACUAAUGUUGCUCUACCUGACCAACAUCGGGGACAUCCUGGCGAAGGCUUUCAAGUACGUGUACGGUCGGCUGUGCUCCUGCGAGUCUCGCCAGCAGCAGCGUCGAAGACCCCCACUGGCCGAGCACUACCGGGUGCACCACAUCGUGGUGCACGAGAACGCGCAGCAGCUGCCCAACAGCAACGCUUGCUCAAAGAAGCUGCCGAACUCCAUUACAAGAAGCAAUCCGUCCGGUCCGUUGCACGAAGACGAGGUCAAAGUAGAGGGCCUGACGGACGAUUUCCUGGACGACACGGAGUACGAGCGGCCCCGAGUGACAGUGCCCAUCACGCUGUGCAUGGCCAUCAUCACGGGUUACAUCUGCGGCGGCGCCGUUCUCUUCUCCAUCUGGGAAGACUGGAACUACCUGGACGGUUCCUACUUCUGCUUCGUCACCCUCAGCACCAUCGGCUUCGGCGACCUGGUGCCCGGAGACAACGUGGUGUCCGACAGCGGUUCGCAAGAGAAGCUCGUGAUCUGUUCGUUGUACCUGCUCACGGGACUGGCGCUCAUAGCAAUGUGCUUCAACCUGGUUCAGGAAGAAGUGGUCCACAAAAUACGAACAGUGGGGCAGAGACUAGGUAUGAUUAGUGACUCGGAGGACUCCGACGACUGACGGUGGAUGCCCGGUGGUGUGCAGUUUCUCGCCGUGACUCUCGGUACACUGGUUGCUACCAGGGCGAGAAGGAACAGGAUUGUUGGGACGUCUUCUAUGCUGGACAGCACACCCGACGCCAGUGGCGGGGGUCAGGGCGCGGUCGGGGGGGCGACGAAGAAUGAGGAUGCCAUUCUGGAGGAGGACGAAGAGGAAGAGUGAUCGACGCAACAGGGGUGUGUAUGGCUCAAGCUGGACCGCGGUGCUCUGAGGCGCGCCUGUGGCGAUACACAUCACUAACUUUCAGAGUACGCAUCCAAGGUCCCGAAAAAAAUUGCUCAUCUACUCAGAGGUCGUCGUCACCACUGCCAAGGGUCAUCCGCGGAACGUCCCAUAUACGUCCCGCGGUUGCUCAGGGAACGUCUCAUAUACGCAUGAGACGUGACCACUGCCGCUGGAAUCGUAGGAAGGAAGUCUACCGCGGAACAGCAAAUAACGACGUCGUCAGGAGUGCACACCACCGGGACAUUCGUUUCUUCUUAGGUACACAGUGUAUGAGAAUUACAGCCACAACCUAACCUCGG